AUGGAGAACUAUUAUGGUUUAAUAGCUGGGAGUGCUGCAACAGCCCCUGCAAUUCCCCCCAAAAAUGCAAGCUUCUGCAAGAACAAUACGCUAGACCCUACCUUAAUUAAGGGGAAGAUUGUGGUUUGCACAACUGAGUUGCUUACUGACAAGUGCGCAGAAAAGGCCAUUUUUGUGAAACAAGGUGGUGGUGUUGGGAUGAUACUCAUUGAUCUAGUGGCCAAAGACGUUAUCUUUCAGUUUGUAAGCCAUGGUAGUGUUAUUUAUCCAGAAGCAGCAGGAGAGCUAUAUGACCACAGAAAACCUGAUAUUACAGCACCUGGGGUGAAUAUUUUAGCAGCAUGGUCUCCAGUAGCAAUUGGAGCCACAGCUAGACGCACACUUGACUAUAACAUAAUUUUUGGUACUUCUAUGUCUUGUCCACAUGUUUCUGCAGUGGCUGCUAUUAUAAAGUCAUGGCAUCCUUCUUGGAGCCCAACAACAAUAAAAUCUGCAAUAAUGACAACAGUCCUAGAUAACACUGGAAACUUCAUUAAAAGCAAUCCCCGUGGCGCCUCGACCACGCCUUUUGACUAUGGAUCCGGGCACAUAAAUCCAGUUGCAACCAUGGAUCCAAGACUAGUAUAUGAUUUUGAUUUGAGUGACAUUGUGGAUUUCCUCUACAGCAUUGGUGCAAGCUUUACACAACUAAAAAACCUCACUGGCAAGCUAACUUAUUGCAAGAAUCCUCCUAAACUGUCAAAUGAUUUUAACUAUACAUCAAUUGGGGUGUUCAACAUGAAUGGAAGUUUAUCGGUGCAUCGAACUGUCACCUAUUAUGGUGAAGGUCCGACAAUUUAUCGUGCACAACUAGAAUAUCCAAGCAAUAUAAAUGUUACAGUUAUACCAAAUGAGCUCAAGUUUGCAAAGUUUGGGGAGAAGAUGUAUUUCAGGAUAGAUUUCACUCCUUACAAGAGCAGUAAUGGAAGCUUUGUGUUUGGAGCUUUAACAUGGAUUAAUGGCAUCCACAGGGUUUGA